AUGGCUGCUCUCUCCUCCGCCACCGCGGCAUCCGCCGCAUCCGCGUUCUUCGGCUCGAGCGUGGAGCUCACGGCGAAGGUUCGCAACGUGGAGUGUCGCGUCACGAUGCGCAAGACCGUCAGCAAGGUCGCUGACAACCUGAGCCAGUGGUACGGCCCGGAUCGCAGCCUCUUCCUCGGCCCGUUCAGCUCGCCGCCCGCGUACCUGAAGGGCGAGUUCCCCGGCGAUUACGGGUGGGACACUGCGGGACUAUCAGCGGAUCCCGAGACGUUUGCCAAGAACCGCGAGCUGGAGGUGAUUCACUCGCGCUGGGCCAUGCUCGGCGCGCUUGGCAUCGUCUUCCCCGAGCUGCUGGCGCGCAACGGCGUGCCGCUGCAAGAGGCGGUGUGGUUCAAGGCGGGCGCGCAGAUCUUCUCCGAGGGCGGGCUCGACUACCUGGGCAACCCCGCGCUCAUCACGCGCAGAGCAUCCUCGCCACGCUCGCCGUCCAGGUGCGUUCCGAACGAGUCGCGUUCAGUCCUACCUUACCUUCCGUUGCCACGCUCGCCGUCCAGAUGCGCUCCCUUGUUUGUACAUUUCUAUGCAGUUCCGUCAGGGAUUAAGCCUUCGACACCCCACUUUUGCUCGUCGUUAAACAUCUGCGAUCCGCAAAUACACACGCUGACGCAUCUCUGUUACGUGGUAAGCCGAUGUCAUGUUGCGCAGGUGGUGCUGCUGGGCGCGGUGGAGAGCUACCGCGUGGGCGGUUUGGAGGGGUUCCAGGAGGUUGAAGACCCAAUCUAUCCGGGCGGCGCGUUCGACCCGCUGGGGCUGGCGGACGAUCCCGACGCGGCGGCUGAGCUGAAGGUGAAGGAGCUGAAGAACGGGCGCCUGGCGCAGGUGUCGGCGCUGGGCUUCUUCGUGCAGGCCAUCGUGACGGGCAAGGGGCCCCUCGAGAACCUCGCGGACCACCUCGCCGACCCCACCGCCAACAACGCGUGGGCCUACGCGCAGAACUUCGUCCCCGGCGCGUAG